UUUUUUCACAGAAAAUAAUAAUAAUUUGUUACCCCGCAAAAUAUUUGUCAGUGUUCUUCUAUUGGCCGAAAGGGGGUAGGGUGAAGAAGAAAUUGGAAACUACAUUGUUGAAUUGUUUUCUUGGCCUUUUCUUUAGCUUUCCAAGAAAUUUGUUACUACCAUUACUCCGUUAGUCAGAGAGAUAGAAACAGGCUAUGGCUCCUGCCGGCGAGGAAUCAGGCGCUGCAGGUGAAGCCAUGGUUGCUCAAGGCCCAAUUUCCAAUAUCCUCAUUAUAAUCGCUAUGCAGACGGAAGCGAUGCCUGUGGUGAACAGAUUCCAGCUUACGGAGGAACCAGAGCCUGCGUUUCCAAAAGGGGUUCCUUGGGUUCGCUAUCAUGGUAUUUACAAGGAUCUCCAUAUCAACCUGGUGUGGCCAGGAAAAGAUUCAAAUCUAGGGGUCGAUAGUGUAGGCACAGUUUCUGCAUCUCUUGUGACAUAUGCUGCUAUCCAAGCAUUACAGCCUGACUUAAUCAUCAAUGCAGGCACUGCUGGUGGCUUUAAGGCGAAAGGAUCAUCUAUUGGUGAUGUGUACCUUGUAAGCGAUGUUGCUUUCCAUGACAGAAGAAUCCCUAUCCCUGUUUUUGAUCUGUAUGGUGUUGGUUUACGUCAGGCUUACUCAACACCCAAUCUUCGGAAGGACCUUAACCUGAAGAUUGGCAAGUUGUCUACUGGAGACUCUUUGGACAUGUCUACACAGGACGAAGCAACAAUUAUUGCAAAUGAUGCUUCAGUUAAAGACAUGGAGGGAGCUGCAGUUGCUUAUGUUGCUGACCUUUUGAAAGUCCCUGUAAUAUUUGUAAAAGCAGUGACUGAUAUUGUAGAUGGUGACAAGCCAACUGCAGAGGAAUUCCUGCAGAAUUUGGCUGCAGUGACUGCUGCACUUGACCAGGCAGUUGCCCAAGUAGUUGAUUUCAUCAACGGAAAGUCUCUCUCUGAACUUUGAAAUCCCUCGAGCUUCACUUCAUGAUUAAUCUGAAUAUUAUCUGAGAAAGUAUCAUAUGUGGAUUGGUGUAUAAGUUGCCAUGUUUGUUUAAAGAAAUGUGAUGUCUGGGCUAGAACCACUAUUACUUGAAAGCAUAUGAAUUGAGCGGCUUAAAAGGUGAAUGUUGAUAAAUCAUAGUCAUUUUACUCGAUUUGUGAGUGUUCACACCUUGAUUUACAAUUAUUUCAAUACACGGAUUUAGUUCA